CUCCCUCCCUCGCCCGGCGGACUACAAGCCCCAGCCGGCACUGCGGGCGGGGUCCCCGCGAGCAUGCGCAGUAAGCCGCCCCCCUGUGGGAGUGUUCGAGAUUUAAAUAAACAAGGAGCAACAUGGCGGCGCUUUGGCUCGGCUUAUUUAGGCAAACGAAGGUCAGGAUACUGGCGGCUUCCUUCGACUAACAGCCCCGCGCCGGUUGUGGACAUCACUGGCAAAGCUGGCAUUAUUGAAAAUCCCGAAUUGCCCCUGAACCGAGGAGAUAGUUAAGUUGCAUGUAGACAAGACCAGAAUCCUCGUCUCCAAAAACUACUUCAGUGUUCUUUUGCUGACCUCCCUAUUUAAACUCUCCACAAGACUCCACUUAUAUCCAACUUGUGUCCAGUGUCUUUCUGUGCUUCAGCAUGAAGCGAUGCCACAUGAUGACUGAAGGCAUUAUUAUAAGAAGUUACAGGAUCAUCGAGAUAUUUACAGAUUAAAGCUGAGUUGCUGAUAUGUGUUUAAAAUGAGUGGACCUGGAGAAAACGCUUUGGAUCCGGUGAAUUCUGAUUCAAGGAAACGAAAACUUUCUUCCUUUGAUGCUCAGGGCUCAAGUGUGAACUGCAGCAUUGAAAAGCGUCGUCGUGAACAAGAGAGCAAAUACAUUGAGGAGCUGGCUGAACUAAUCUCAGCUAACCUAAGUGACAUUGACAACUUCAAUGUCAAACCUGAUAAAUGUGCAAUCUUGAAAGAAACAGUGAGACAGAUUCGUCAGAUAAAAGAGCAAGGAAAAGCAUCUUCAAAUGAAGAUGAUGUCCAAAAAGCAGAUGUAUCUUCAACAGGACAAGGAGUAAUUGACAAAGAUUCAUUGGGACCCCUGUUGCUCAAGGCACUGGAUGGCUUUCUGUUUGUGGUCAAUCGAGACGGAAACAUUGUUUUUGUGUCUGAAAAUGUUACCCAGUACCUUCAGUACAAACAGGAGGAGCUUAUGAACACUAGUGUGUAUAAUAUUCUUCACCAAGAGGACCGCGAUGAAUUUCUUCGAAAUUUGCCGAAAUCAGCAGUGAAUGGAGUUUCUUGGGCAAAUGAAACACAGAGGCAGAAGAGUCACACAUUCAACUGUCGAAUGUUAGUGCAGAUUCCUUAUGAUUCUUUGGAGGAGUCAAAUGGAAACCAUGAGCCACGUCAGAAAUAUGAAACCAUGCAGUGCUUUGCACUCUCCCAGCCUAAGGCUGUAACUGAAGAAGGUGAAGAUCUUCAGUCCUGUAUGAUUUGUGUAGCGAGACGGAUUACACCAGUGGAAAGAUCACAAUUCCCCACCAGUCCUGAAAGCUUUGUCACAAGACAUGACAUGACAGGCAAGAUAACUUCAAUUGAUCCAAGUUCCCUACGUGCCUCGAUGAAGCCAGGUUGGGAAGAUCUUGUGAGAAGAUGCAUUCAGAGAUUCUUUCACCAUAAUGAUGGACAGCCCUGGUCAUUGAAAAGACAUUACCAAGAAGCCUUGAUGCAAGGUCAAGCUGAGAGUCCACUUUAUCGGUUCUCCUUGUCAGAUGGCACUGUAGUUACUGCACAAACCAAGACCAAGCUUUUGCGUAACCCAGCGUCCAAUGAAUCCCUUGGCUUUGGCUCCACACAUCUGCUCCAAAGGGAACAGAAUGGUUGCAGGUUGAAUCAAACCAACAUGGGGCAAGAAAUGAUGAAGACACUUGCCACAGCAAAUGCAAAUUCUACAGGGAAUAUGAAUAUGUCAUCAGGGGGAACAGGACAAGGGAUGCCGGUUCAAAACAGCAUGACCUAUGGUGCAAAUAGCUUGAAUGACCCCAGUUCUAUGGGGCAGAUGGGAAGAUUUGGUGCAGGAAGUGGAACUACAAGUGCAAUAAACCUAGGGCCGAGCAUGCAGGCGACUGGUUUACAGGGUAACAACUAUGCACUCACCAUGAACAGCCCCCCACACAGUAGUCCUGGAGUGAACACCACCCAGCAGAACCUGAUGCUUUCACCGAGGCAUCGAGUAAGUCCACGAAUGGGACCCAGUCAAUAUUCUUCAGCUGGUGGGAUCCAAUCACCGGUGGGACAUGUAAACAGCACAGGAACUAGCACCUUCUCUAGUAGUUCCCUCAAUGCACUUCAAGCCAUUAGUGAAGGGUUAGGAGUUUCACUCCUAUCAUCGUUAUCAUCGCCUGGUCAGAAAAUGGAAUCUUCCCCAAAUGUGAGUUUGAUCCAGCAACCAAAGAUGGGUGGCAUGGAUAUAAAAGAGUCUCCUGUCCUUUAUGGGGAACAUAACCAGGUUGAGAGCACAGUAGGUCGACCAGAAAGUAGAGAUGCUCAUUCUGAGCAGAAGAAUGUUAAGGAAGGUAAUCUGAACGUUUUCAGUAACAGUGACAACUUAGAGGGCCAGAGAAGAUUCCAUGAGAACAAAAACCACACAAAGCUUUUGCAGCUGUUGACCUCUCCCUCGGAUGACAUGGGGCUGACCUCUUUAACAAACUCCAACUUGGAUUCCAGUAUUAAGGAUUCCUCUGCAGGCAUCACAAGUCCAACAGGGGUUUCCUCAACCUCGACUACAGCUGGUGCUAGCUCUGCCGCAACUGCAUUGCAUGGCUCUUCUGUACAGGAGAAACACAAAAUUUUGCACAAGCUGCUAAAGAAUGGCAACUCUCCUGCUGAAGUAGCCAAGCUUACUGCAGAGGCUACAGGCAAAGAGUCGUGUCAGGACUCGGGUAGCAUGACACCAGUGGGUGAUGCUGUGAUCAAGCAAGAGCAGAUGAGUCCGAAGAAGAAGGAAAAUGCACUACUGCGCUACCUGUUGGAUAAAGAUGAUCCAAAAGAACUAACUUUAAAGGAUAUUAAGCCCAAAAUAGAAAGAAUGGACAAAAUGGAUCCUUGCAAUGCAGCAAAGAUGUCUGGUUCAAUACAAGUGAAAGAUGAAGUGCGCAUCAAGACUGAACCAACUGACCAGGCAAGCAAUGAAUUGGAUACUUUAGAUGAUAUUCUGGGUGACUUGCCCCAGUAUUACACAGAUUCUGGGAACAGUAGCUCCAUGAUAAACAAACAAGCAAUGUUUCAGGAUGCCAUGGCAUUUGAAAGAGGUCACUCACCUUCCCCAGGGACAUCAAAACAAAUCCGUGGCACUUUAAGCAGUCCACCACCUAUGCAAUCCUCCAGACCUCGGUUUAACCGAGCCAUGUCAUUGGAUGUUAACACUCAGGGCCAGGCCAGUGCAGGAGUUGGCCCAUCUCUAAGAAGCAACACCCCUUAUGGAAUGAUGGCAAAGCAAGCGAUGAUGGCAAACCGAAUGGGAGGCAGCCAAGAGAGUUUUGUGGGGAGUGCAGGUGCGCAAGGCAAUAUGAGUAUUGCUCAGCAAACAGCGAUGGCCACUGGAGAGUGGGGUCUGCAAAACUCUAGUGGAAACACAGGACCUGUGUCCAUGAUCAGACCAGGUGCAGAGUAUAGCUCAUCAAUGCAAAGGGGUGUGGUGGCUAACUCCUCACUUGGAAUGCAGAUGCGAUCUAAUGGCCAGUCCAGUGCAAGAACAUUACUCCAGCAACAGAUGAUGGGAAUGAGAUCUUCAGAAAUGGAUAUGGGAGUUGGAGGUCCCCAGUUUGGGCAACAACAGGGUCCAGCCAAUCCACCUACUUCAUGGCCAGAAGGUGUUCUUCAGAUGGAACAAGGGCCUUCAGGCAAUCAAAACAGGCAACCAUUUGGAAGCUCCCUGGAUGAUCUUCUUUGCCCUCCCACUACUGCCGAAGCUCAGAAUGAUGAGAAGGCUCUACUGGAUCAGUUGGACACGCUGCUGAGCAAUGCAGAUGAAAUGGGGCUGGAAGAAAUUGACAGGGCAUUAGGAAUUCCAGAUCUUAUCAGUCAGGCUCAGCCUCUUGAGGCACACUCAGAAUUGUUCUCGGGACAAGACACAGCCAUAAUGUUAGAACAAAAAGCUAUGUACAGUCAGCCAUUUCCUUCACAGGCUGGUCCAGCACAAGGAUGUUAUCCUUCCAUGCAGGGGCAGCAACCAGGUUUUAAUCCCAUGAUGAAUCAAAUGGGUCAACAAAGCAGCUUUCCCCUUCCCAACAUCCAUGCCAGAGCAAACUUUGCUCGGCAUCGUAUGAUGAAUGCUUCUGCUCCCAAGCAACUUAGAUUUCAACUUCAGCAGAGGUUACAAGGACAACAGCAGCUUAUGAAUCCAAAUCGUCAGUCCCUUGGAGUCAAACUGGAAAAUCCCAGUAUGGUCAAUCCAACUCUCCGACCAGGCAUCCAACAGCAAAUGGUGACACAGGGCUUUCUCAACGCACAGAUGAUGGCCCAGAGACGAGAGCUCUUGAGUCAACAGCUUCGUCAGAGGCAGAUAAUGCAUCGAGCCAUGAUCAUGCGACAGCACCAACAGCAGGGCUUCAGCCCUCCACCCAAUGUAACAGCCCCCACUGGCAUGGAAGCUCCCAUGGGAGGUCCUCAGAUAACUCCGGCGUCACCGCAACAAUUCACAUACCCUGCAAAUUAUGGUAUGAAUCAGCAGACUGAUCCAACUUUUGGCAGGGCUCCCAGCCCCCAUAAUGCACUCAUGUCAAGAAUGGGCCCUUCACAGAAUCCCAUAAUGCAACAUCCUCAGGGUGCUUCUGUCUACCAAACAACCACUGACAUGAAGAGUUGGUCCACGGGAAAUAUGGGUGGAAAUAGUGCUUUUCCACAGCAAUCUCCACAGCAAUUUGGGCAACAGACAAAUGCCAGCACGUACAACAACCUGAUGAAUAUGAACAACAACAUGCCAGUAAAUGCCAGUGGCAACAAUAUGGGUCAGAUGCCAGGGCAAAUGGGCAUGGCUCCAAUGUCUGUGUCAGGGAUAUCAAGCAUGGGUCCAGAACAGAAAUAUUGCUGACAACUCAGGAUGGCUGUUUAUCAAUCCAAAAGGUUAAUCUGGGUCCACAUGGCUUGUGAAAUCAGUGCACUAAGGAUCUACAGCAGACACUUGCACAGAGAAGGAAACGGUGCCAUCUUGUGUGCUGCUGGUGUUUGGUGCGGCCCAAUCAGAACCACUGUGCCAGCCUGCUAAGGUGUUCAUUUCUUAAGAAAGGAGAACUGUUUCUCUGUUUUUAUUAGAUGUUUUAUCAAAAAGUAGACUCCUGGCAACAGUACAGAGCUGGAUCGAAAACUCAAAUUGUUUAGGAUUUGCUUUGGUUUUUAAUUGUCCUUUAAUGUCAUCUUUGCUUGCCAAAUCUUGCAUCUACUUUAUUGCAGUACCUAGCCAUGUUUUUUUUCCUGACAGUAUUGUGAAAUGUCACUAGCAAUGUGGUCAUUAUACAGUUACGAACAUUUGGGUGAAAAGUUGCCAAGUGUCAGCAUAGAACAGUGUGCUUGUGGAUGCACUUUAGAGAAGAUUGAAGUAGUCGAGGUUCACUGUUCUUGUGAUCAGUGUAGCCAUAGCUGCACAUCGGCACAUCCUUGCUUUCGUUUUCUGGAUCAUCUUUGCAUUAAGUAUUCCAUUGGUAUUUCAAAGAUCACAACUAUAUGUAUCCCAACAUCCAACUUUUUAAAUCUGCAUAUGCAAUGUCUAGCAAUAAUAAUCUUCAUUUUAAAAUAUUGCAGAUAAAAAUUUCAAAUGGGAGUAAUACAAGGUGUGUGCUGUUGACUCUAAGCAAGGUACUGCAGCAUAAAACACCUGGAAGCUGGCUCCUGUGAAUAUAUCAUGUAAAUAAUGAAUACAAUAUUAUAUUAUAUAUACACUUUUAUAGGUCACAUUUACAGAUUUUUUUUGUUUGCACAGCAUUGGUGAGGCUAAUUAUUUGAUGGACUUAUUUCUGUACACAUGCCUUUUAGCAUCAUUUCAGGUUGUCAGUCCUGUUUGCGCCUGGCCUUGACAAUGGAACUAAUUUGUAUGAAUGUGCAAAAUGUUUAGAUUUUUCCAUGUCGCCAUCUAGAUUUUAAUUUUACAAAAAGCCUGCAUUUCUUUCUCUUUCCCCUCCCUCACAAUUCCUGACCCUCACCUUCUCUAAUUUCAUUUUCAAAAGGAGGUGCUUCUGAAAAGUACAACUGUAUUAAUCUUGACCUUUGAGGUUUAAAUCAACUAAACAGCAACUGAUCAAAAAUUUGAACGAUUUAUUUCUCUCUGGUUUUCCUUUUAAUUUGUAUUGAGAUAGAAUUCCCCAUCAUGCCAUUUGACCACCCUCACCUCUGAGAAGGAAGGUGAGGGGGGAGUUGCUUGUAAAUUGUUGAACAGUUAAUAAUUGCUGAAUCCCUUGUGAUGGAUGAUGUAAGGAUCAUGGUGAAGAGGAGACUUUCUGUGACUUCUACUUAUUCAGGGAGAUGGAAUAUAAUUUUCAUCAUUAAAAUGCGAUCCAAUUCUGGUGUCGGGCCUGAGUGACAUUGCCUCAAACAGCAAGUUUUACAGUUGUACUCCAAAGGAAUAACAGUCUGUACAUGAUGUAACUUACUGAUUCCGUAUAAUUCUGAAUGAGCAAACUGCAUGAUGACUUGAUGAAUGAGUGACAGAACUGAGCAACGUGCAAUUCCAUGGGCAACACAGUAAUAUAAGACUAAAUUUUGUUUGCUUUGGUUUUUGCGGGUACUGGUAUUCUGAGUUGCAUCUGCCUUCAGCUCAUUGAUCUGGAAGAAACCGUGUUAAGAGUAAAUGUCACUGAUUUAAGAUUGUUUAAUCAAAGGCAAAAUUCUUUGAUUGCAGUGGGGUUUUUUUUUCUGGUAGUUACAAAAAAAUAUAUAAUACUGUAGGUGAAUGAGACUGAUUAAACUAUAAAUAUAAUAUUGGCAAAUCACCUUGAAGGUAACACAGGGUGGAAUCAAUUUACACGCCUUUAAUUGUUCAUUGCCCUACCUACUUCUACUUUGCUUUACCUUCCACUUUUCCUGUUUCUUCUGUAAUUUGUUUCUGAAAACCAUUGUUUGGUAUGUAUCAUCUUAAUGUUUCCGAAGAUAAAUAGGUAGGUCUGCUACUGCAUUAAGAAGUAAAACGUACAGUAAGGACAUACAUACAAAAUCACGACCUCUAUUUUAAUACAGAGUUGGAUAUGCCACUGUCAAGAUGAAACUUGUUUCCCUAAGUAGAGACAGCAUUAUAAAUGGAUACUUUUACCUAAUGAUUUUAGCUUAAAUGUUCAGCUAGUAAAGAAAUCUAUGCAACAGUUCAAUCACAAUUAUCGUUUGCGUGGAGAUUGAGACAAAAUGCUGUUUCUGGCAACAUUUAUGAAUAUUAUCACAAAUUGAAUACUAUCACAAAUUGCACCUACUUUGGUUGAAGCAAUGGAUAUGUGUUGUGUAGUUAAUGGCCUGAGGCCUCCUCUGAUCAUAUUGAUCACUUAACAGGUUUUUAUUAAAUGACUUGUUGCUUUCAACAGCAGCUGAUACAUUCCACAACUAUUCAAUGGAGGGGUGUUUUUGUAUAACCCAUACACAGGAGAAACGCAGCAUUUAAUAUACACUUUUCGAUAAAUUACUGACUGUUCUUAACUUGAAAGCAUGUGUGCUUCAUUAGGAGAACAUUGAUCAAUAGCACCUGAUUUUGUUCAGUUUGGGAUGACAGAGUGGUGCUGGCUACACAGCUGCCUCUCAGUUCCAGUGACCCAGAUUCGGUCUUGACUUUGGGUGCUGCCUGUGUGUGGAAUUCUUAUGUUCUCCCCGUGACCACGUGGGUUUCUUGAGGUGCUCUGGUUUCCUCCCACAUUCCAAAGAUAUGCUGGUUAGUAGGUUAAUCAGCUACUGAAAAUGGCCCUAGUGCAGAUUGACCAGGGAACUUUGUUGGGGGAGGGGAGGUUGUUGAUGGUGCUGCAAAUAGAAAAGUGGGAUUCAUGUAGAUAGGUGCUUGAUAGAUAUUGCAGCAUGGAUGUUGUAGGCUGAAAGGCCUGUUCCCCUGCUGUUUGACUUUGACUCUAAGAACCCUUCUCUGACCCCUGCUUAAAUCAGAAAGCUGUCUGUCGGAAGUCAGUAUUAGGCAGCUAUUGGUGCUCCAUGGUGUGCAAAUGAACCAAACCAAACUCUGGCUAUCUGAAGUCAAACAUAGAUGGAGUUGAGCAAUAGAUGCAGCACAGAUAUUCCAGCACAUCUGUUGUUUAGCCAGUGUAAAAUGCCUGUUGACUCCACUCGCCUGGAAAUUAAGAACCAGUUCUUAAGUAAUGAAAGUGGUAUUAAAUGUUUUAUUUAUACGUGGGCAAUUCAGAGUUGAGAAGUUAUUUUGCCAGGCUUUUUUGUUUAAAGGGGAAUCAGUUAAGUGAAAAUACUCAGGUUUGCCGUACAUCUACAUUUUCGUCAAAACACAACAAAAUAAAACAGCUAAAUUAGCCUGAUGUUGUGUUGGCCUGGCAAUAACCCAGUAACCUGACAUUGUGAGUGGGCUGACUGCGAUGCAGUAGCAGAUUCUUAGUAUGAAAUACCUGGAAAAAUAAAUGCUUCAUUAUAUUCAGUUGCAUUUCUUGUGUCUCAAGGAGGAAAUAGAUAUUAAAAAUGCACUUUUUACAUUUGGUAAAGAAUUCUGUUAAGAAUAUAACCAAUUAAUGUGCAUCUAUUAUUGUUCACUGAUUUUACAACUCUUUCACAUCGUGGGGAAAUAACUUGCUCUCCUUACAAGAAGUAGGCAUGCUGAUUCAAUGGAUUUCCAGAACAUCCCUACUAAAACAUUAGACACUGCAGAUGUAAGGCAGGAUUUCUGGUUUAAAGGUAUUUGGGUCUCAAACUGCAGCCCAGUAUAUAAACAUUCCUUGGUGCCUGAACAUGCCCAGUUACAGCUGGUGACAUGGUACCUUGCAUACUCAGGCAUUUAAUUCUCAACACAAACUGUAUUUUGGAGCCAAUUUUGGAUUGAUUCUUCUGGUACUAGUCCAAGGUGGAUGGCAUGGGAAAAAUCACUUGUAUCUCACAGGAAAAGGCCAUUACUUAUGUUGUAUAACAUUUCCAAUUUACAAAAAUAGUUAUUUUACAUGACUUAGAGAAGCAGUGCAAGGUUUUUGCAUUUUAUUUUUCUUUCCAGAGCUAAUUACUACAAGCUUACAAAAAUAGCAACAUUUGAUUAUUUUUUAAACUUGAAUUAACUGCUGAUUUUUCUCGGCUACAUUUUUUGUUUUAGCAAGGAAUAUUUUUUAAAAAAUCAAUGCACCAACUCCUCUUAAAACAUGUUUAUUCCUUCAAAGAAUGGAAUUACUCCUGUUUGCCAAAGGGUGCAAGGUUAUCAGUGGAUCUGAUUGAGGAGGGGCACAAUUAUCAAAAUUGUCAAAAGUACUUUGAUUUUAUUGAUAGCUCAGAAGGUUCAGCCACAUAGCAGGUGAGCCACACAGGUCAGGACAGCUCCAGGUUUGAUCCCUUUUUUUAAAACUGUGGAAGAGGACUGAUGCUCUACAAUUGUCCUUACUGACUCUGGGGAGGAAGAAACUGGCUGGGAAUCUUACUCCCAAUACUGUUAAAAUCUAUACAUCAAUGGACAUCGGGGAAGCACAGGGACAAGAGUAGCCAUAUGAUGCAAACUCUCCUGGAUUGUUAUUGAAUAGUUGCUGCUUGGGUUAGGUAUCUCAGGACCCAGUUGCCUGUGGAACAAUGGUCCAGCAUGGAUCCAAUGUCAUCAGGAAGGCAGUUGUAGGAAAGCAUAUUUUGUGAGGAUACUGUAUCUUUAGUCAAUUUUAAAUGACUCUGAUUUUAUUCCAAGUGAAACUUCAGUGACACUGUUUACAAAUUGGUGUCAUCCUUUCAGGCUGAACACAGACUUUGUGUAAUAUCAGUAACUCAUUUUGAAAAUUGAAAAGUUUGGGCUGCAUGUUUUCAGACUACCACGUUGAUUCCCACCCUUCCUGACAGUAAGUGACCAUUUUACCCAAUGUUACUUCACAUCACAGAAUGAGUUCAGAGCACUGUGAAUAAAAUGGAGUUAUAUUUUUAAUGCUGAAAAUUACCAUUUUAAAUUUCUGUACAAUUAUUAUGUGCGAUCUUAAAUGGUGCUCUUGGAGAUUUGGGAUUUCUAGGUAAAACGUGUGCGAUUAUAGAUUUUUAAUUUUUUUUUCAUUUCUAGAUUGCUUAUGGCUUUAGAAAUUGAGAUCGUGUAUUCAAACCCAUUUCUUAACUGAUAACACCAAAUUGUACAUUAAUAUAGUUAAUGUAUAGGUUUAUUCAGUGGAGCAAACUAUUUAUUAUUUAAAUAAGAAAUAAUUAAAUGCAAGUAUUAUAAUGAGUCACUUUUUUGUUUUUCCUUUUUGCUUUGGCCUAUUUUGUUUUUAAUUCUUUGUAUCAUAAUUAUGAAUUUGAUAAAUUUAUCAUGCUGGAAAAGCAAUAUUUGAAAGGCCAUCUGGAGGAGACACAGUAUUGAAGAGUAGAGAGGAUUCAAUGAAGCAUAGUCUCAAAGAUUUCUAGUGUUGCUGUUUGUAUCCCUAUGUUACAUUUCGAGCAAAGCAAGAAAGAAAGAAAAUUCAUUUUAAGAUGGCUCUGCAGGAUAAAGGUGAAAUGAUUAGCAGAUAUUGCUUUUACUGAUUUAUUUGCCUCAAUGUUAAUGUUGUAAAUAAAGAUUUCUAUUUAAAAUGUCUUUGGCGAUUUGUUACCGUAUCUUGCUAUUCAGCUGUUUGGAAACAGAUGUUGUAAAAAAGCAUUCUGUAAAAGAUGUACAUUAAAUACACACAAGCCAUGUCUGAAUAAAUUUUCAUGAUAUUAAAGUGUGUGAAUGUGAAUGUUAAAAGAACA